AUGGCGGCUGCCUGGUUCUCCUCUCGCACAGUUCCGCUUCUCCAGCUGCCCUUCGUUUCCUCUCCGACAGCUGCACUGAGCCACUCCCAAUCCUCUCAGCCAAUUCACCGUGCUUGCUCACCGUCUUCUUCGUCGUUCUCGUCGCGGCGCUGCGUUGCCUGGAGGGGCGGCUUCCGCCUGGGCUACAGGUUCUCUACAGAGGAGUCGUCGGAUGACGAGGAGUCCGAUGGCGAGGAGCAGGGCUUCGAUCAAGCCGUUUCUCUGUUCAACAGCGGUGAUUAUCAUCGAUGCCACGACUUCCUGGAAGAGCUGUGGUAUGAAGCAGAGGAGCCGACCCGAACCCUAAUUCACGGAAUUCUGCAGUGCGCGGUGGGAUUUCACCAUCUCUUCAACCAGGUAAGCCGUCCGGGAAGGGGAAAUCGAUCCCCUUGGCCGGUGUUGGCGGAAUUCUUGUUUCUUUAAAGAGAUUCUGUCAAUGUCUGAGCAGAACCAUCGCGGGGCUAUGAUGGAGUUGGGCGAGGGGCUCUGCAAGCUGCGGAAGAUGGACUUCGACGACGGACCAUUCUUUCGAUUCGAGAGGGAGAUCUCGGUAGCUUUGGAAUUCAUUUACCAGACCCAAAAGGAGCUCGCUGCAUGUGAGUUUUCCCUGAAAUCAUUCGGCUAUUUGUAUAUUUCUAGAACAAUAAUCACAAACUUAGAUCAAAACCACCCAACUAUGGCUGAUUUGCUAUUCGCCAUGUCUGAGCUCAAAUAGCAUCUUGACUAUAGGAAGAUAGGAAACCUUCCUUUGGACAACGCCUUGAUGAGAUAACAAUCAAAGUCAUAUGUGGGAAGAUCCCUGGAACUCGUGCUCGAUUGUCUCCUUUGGCAAUGAAUUCCAUAUGGAUUCACUGAAGCUGAUGACAAGAAGAUCAAGGAUCUAUGCAUUUCUCUGAAGCCAUUUCAAAUGAGAAGCCCAUGAGGAUGAACAGGACCAGCUAGAUGCUGGUUGUGACUCUUCUUUUGGAAAUCUUCUUCUGGUUUUAAUGCUCAAUAUUUUGUCUAUACGGGUACAUGAUUUUGUCAAGGAUCUAUGCAUUGCUCUGAACCCAUUUCAUAUGAGAAGCCCAUGAGGAUGAACAGGGCCAGCUAGAUGCUGGGUGUGCGGAGCCGACUGUACCAUCAUGGGCUUCUCAUAUGUUGGAUAAUUCACAAUUUCUCAUAUGUUAUUUUCAUCCUCAUGGGCUUCUCAUUUGAAAUGGCUUCAGAGAAAUGCACAGAACCUUGACAAAAUCAUGUAUCAAAAAAAAAAAAAAAAAAAAAAUGGUGCUUUUUUUUUUGGUGGGUAUGAAAAUAAAAAUAUAAAUACUGGGAAAUGUAUGGAACUGAUCGAUUGGGUAUCUCUCGUUGUCACAGGUACAAAUGAUCUCUGCCUGGCAAUGGACGGAUCAGAGAGAUCAUACCAGCUCUUGGGCUCCUUCGCAGCUGGACAGCGCCUGUACUCCUUGGAGACAGACCCCUGUGGAAGUUCUUACAUUGCUUUCGACCCGGAGGGCCAUUACAUUGUUCAAAAGCCCGAAAGGGUCAAGAUUCCCACUCUUCAGGCCACGGAAGAGCACCUGAAAGCCUGUGAAAACCUGUAUUGA